UGACUGUUUUCGUGUCUCUUUUUAUCGUUCCCUAGCUCCUAGCUCUCUCUCUCUCACUGCUGCAUCUUCGUUUCCCAGCACAGCGUUUUACACAUACGCGACGUCGCGACGGUAUCUGCAUUGGUGAGAUGCUGAGCGAUGCUGAGUGUAGUCUGACAAAAAAGUGCUUGCCUCCGCCUAUUUCAUUAAAGGUCCUAGUGACUGUUUUUCUACCUGGAAAUACGUGGAUCAUCAAUCCUAAAGUGUGUUCCAAUCUAAGGUUGCUGAAGAUCGUCCUGUAACAUGGAGGACUACAAGUAUCUCUUUAAAGUUGUUCUCAUCGGCAAUGCUGGGGUUGGCAAGACAUGCCUUGUCAGACGUUUUACACAGGGCUUAUUUCCACCAGGACAAGGUGCUACUAUAGGUGUUGAUUUCAUGAUCAAGACAAUAGAAAUCGGUGGUGAAAAAGUCAAGUUACAAAUAUGGGAUACUGCUGGUCAAGAGAGAUUUCGUUCUAUAACUCAGAGCUAUUAUCAUAGUGCUGAUGCACUUGUUCUAGUCUUUGAUGUCACUUCAAAAGAAAGUUUCAAUGCACUACCAAGUUGGCUAAGGGAAGUGGAGCAGUAUGCAAGUCCAAAGGUCAUAUCCGUGUUAGUAGGUAAUAAAAUUGACCUUGGUAAAGAUCGGGAGGUGAAUGAAGAAGACGGGCAAAGCUUUGCAGAUUCGCACUCGAUGCGUUUCCUGGAGACUUCAGCCAAAGAGUCAGACAAUGUGGAUCGCCUCUUCCUCGAUAUUGCAGUUGAAUUAACCAAUAAUGUUAGAAAUGGUGAGAUCAGACAUGAUGACCAUGAAGAUAUCAUCAAAGACACUACGUCAGUCUCAACAUGCUGUAAAGGCUGACUCUUCUCGCUCAUCAUAUUGCAUCUCAUUAGUCUCUACAGUUUGUUAUUGGUAAGAUCUGAUGACAUCAUCGAAGGCACUACAUGAACGUCAGUAUAUGCUUGAAAUCUCUUAUGAUAUCAGAUACACUUCAUCUGUAUAUUGCUUAUCUCUAUGACAGUAUCAUCAAACUUUCUGAGGCUAGUCUAAGAUUGAACUCUGAUGAUAUCAUCACAGACUACUUCAGUCGUUACAUGGUGUAAAGGUUGACAUAUCUGAUGAUAUUAUCAAAGACACUACUCUAGUCUGUACAUGGUGUAAAGGUUGACAUGUUUGGGCCCCGUCUUACAAAGAGUUAUGAUUGAUCCAAAUUAAUUGCAAGUCCUCCAAUCAAUUGCAAGGCUGCAGUCUCCUAUCUCUGAAGUACAUAGCUGCGAUUGAUAUCAAUCGCAAAUAUGUUGUGAUUGAUAUCAACUCUUUGUAAGACGGGGCCCUGAUGAUAUCAUCAGAGACUCUACUCUAGUCUGUAUGUGAUAUGAAAGUGUCCUGUAUUUGUUGUGUCAAACUGAUUUUAUUUCCUUGAUGUUAAGCUGUUUAAUAUGCAAGGUAUGCAAGUACUCAUAUAUGCAUUGCAGAACCCCACCACUUUUUACUUUUGUCCUAGUUCAUGAUUUUGUAAAUCCUUCUUUUAAUUUAAUUAAUUUUUUAUUUAGUCAACGAAAAAUAGACUGAUCAAUGUAAAAAUACUUUAAAUGUGUGUCAUGAGGACCAAUUACAGUUUUAUUUUAUUUUAGACUUGUGGAAAACGGAAACCGUUUAAUUUGAAAUAUAUUGUCACUAAUACAGUUAACACAUCUAGCUUAUUGCUGAUUGUGUAUCCCUUCCAUACUAAGGGAUCACUUUGCAUAUAAGUAAAAAUGAUAAUAGAAAAGAUUGUUAAGUAGAAAACAAUCUGUAAUAAUUAGAGAAAAUCUAUUGUAAUAUGUUUUGUCUUGCCAUACUAAGAAAAAGCAAUCAUUUCAACUCUACUGCCUAUAAAAAUGUGCAAUCAUUACUGCAAUUAUUUGUGUUCAUCUUACAAGCCACGUUUCACUGUAAAUAACAAUAUUCAAACACAUAAAACUGUAGUGUAAAAUUUGUCUCAAUAUAGGUUAUAUGAGCAGUCAAAAUUACAUUGCUUGAGGCUUUCAAAGAGAGAUUAUGGAUACUCAAUCUUACACAGACAAUGUAUCUGCAAAAA